AUGCCCAGCAUUUUUGAGAACGUUCGGUGCGAUGGCUGCCAGGCAAUGAUCAAAGAUACAGAAACAUCAGCGGUCCUGUUUUACUGCGCUGAUUAUCCUACCGGAAAUUGGAGGCAUGUGACUCUUAAUCGGUCGAGUAGACCAACGAUCACGCAAAAUACAAGAUGCACGUUCUUACAUCGACUCUGUUUCAAUGUCAUCCAGAUCAUGCCCAAUGGGCAACAACGUUCGCAAGCCGAAAUCAACUGCUUCAGGAGAGCUAUUGGAUGUCGCAAACUCGACCUCAUGCGUAUUUUCCCGCCAGGACUGCACAUUCCUGAAGGACAUCGGCUUGUCAGCAUAACGGCCGUUAGGAAGACAGAGAGAUAUGUUUUUCAAAGUCAAAGCCAUAUCCUCCACAAGCUUGCCAAGACCAGGGAACUUCUCGAUAUCGUUCUAUCUUAUUGUCCAGAUGCCUACUUCUGGAAUUUGGUGCUGGUGCUGGGCUUGGAAGAUUUUGCACCUACGGGUAACCCCGUGAUCGAGGAUCUCUCCCGCAUUGAGAAGUGGAAGCGCUUCCAGUCUUUGCCAGAUCGCGGGCGACAUCUAAAAGACCCCGGUUGCCUGCUCAUCAGUCUUGAUUCGGACGGUAUAUGUGAGAUUGAGAGACUUGGGAAACAUCCUCACCCACCAAACUACAAUCCCAAGGUGAAGCUCAGGAAGUACGUUCUCGCCAACGAGAAAGACCUUGCGACCGUCAAAAAUGGGCUUUGCUGUUUGACGGCAGGUCAACGCCACCCUGGUUUCCCGACUUGGGACACUCAGGAACCACCAAAGGUACUCUAUCCAAAUGAUUGGAGCCGCAGGCCCUUCUUGCAACUCGAGGGCUGUGGAAUGUUAAAUAAUCACGUUCCUCGAGCCACAGAUAUCCGGGUGAUACGCCUCGACAAGAUGGCCGAACUGCAUCUCACAUUCUUCUGCGGGCAAAAUGCACCUUUUAUUUUAGGAGGUCCCUUUGCUGCAACGAAGUGUUGGUUAACAAAUUAUGCUGACCACGGCCGUGGUCCAAUUCCGGUUCCUUUUGUCGUACCACUACAUACUCCGGCAAUUGAACAAGAAACAUUGUGCCUGGAGAUCCGAUUGAAUGAAGACAGCUUCAGUAUGUUGCUUGAGACCCGAUCUUUAGGCGUUGUACACGCGGGACUACAAGCAAAAUCGACCACGGACCCGAACAACAAUACAUUCUCUUUGAGGUACCGCGUCACGCAUCCGCAGCUUUUGUUCCUGUGGAAAGGGAGAGGCGGUGCGCUGGAGCGUACUGUUUCGUGUGCUAUCUAUCCUGAGGGAGUUGUACUCGCACCAAACCAUAGUCCCAUGGUCAUCGGACCGCAGUUGUCAUCAUUCAGACCUGUUUUUGACUCUCACCGACCUGCCUGGUCUUGGGCUCCCCUAGAACACAUCCGCCGCAUCGUGGUACACGAACGAGAUGGCCCAGGAUUUAUAGGAAUGUUCAUAUAUUAUGGGAACGGGGCUCAGAGAUACAUCGGCGACUUGGCGCGGGGCAACAAGGAUGCGAAAAUCAGACACCGAGCAUUCAUUACACCAAUAACGCGCAUAUAUAUCGAGACAUGGCCUCCUUCCGGCCAGCAUACGAAGAUGCGAGUACAUUUUGGAUCUCGCGGGCCCCGCACCUGCAUGCAUACGGAAUAUAAGGAGCAUAACCUUGAGGGCGAAUUGCAUUUCUGGUAUGGGCCAUGGAUGACUCCUGAAUUAAGAGUCCUGCCGUCGGGUAGUUGGCAGGCUUAG